CCGGUACCCAAGCCGAUCUACCGGCUUAAAUUUCACUAAACCACCCAACACCCAACAAGCAACAUAGUACAGUAGUAGCAACAUCCGAGUCCACGAUUCUUGACAGCAGCGAGAUAGUGGGAGACAGACAGAGAAAGUAAUAUCACCAUGAGCGAAAGUAGAUGGGGCCCCAGAAACCACGGCAGCGACCGCAGAAGACGUGGUGACGAUCAUCGAGGAGGAGGCGAUUGGCGUCGUGAUCGGUCUCGUUCUAGGUCUCCCAGUCCUCCUUCGAUAGGGAGACGAUGGGAUCGAGAGGACCGUCGACGGGGCGAUGAGGAUCGUCGCCGCAAUGAGAAGGACGAAGCAGCUCCUCCUGUUGCUCGUGUGUCGUCGUCGGAUCGAGAUCGCCAAGAAGCCGACCGCAAAGCCCGCAUGGCUCGACUGCGAAUGGAAAACGAAGAAGAGGAGCGACGAUUGGCCAAUGUCGAUGGUGAAGGAGACGAAGAUGGUAAUGAUGGUACAAAUCACAACGGAAGAAAACGAAGACGACCCGAACCAACCAAAGAAAUCAUUCAAGUGCAGGAAUCAGAGUUGGAAGGAUUGGAUGAAGAAGAACAAAUGAAGCGAUUGCUGGGAUUCUCGGGUGGGUUUGGAUCUACCUCUGGACAACAGGUCGAAGACAAUCAGAGUAGUGCGGCACAGGGAGCUGCUGCCAAGAACAAGGCAAGAAAGUAUCGUCAGUACAUGAAUAGGAAGAAUGGAUUCAACAGGCCACUUGAGAAAAUGGAGUAGAGCAAGAUGAUAUUGACCAAAAGCUGCAGAAGAUAUUCCCCUUGCUGUGACUUUGGGACGAGUCAACAACAGUAUCACAACUAUCGGUCGAUUGGGUUUGUUCCUUUGUGGACUUGGGACAUCAUGGGAAAUGAUCUAUUUGUAUGGCCUCAACAAUACUCGAUGAAUGAUUCAUCCUACCAAAGACGGAGUGUCAUACAUAUAUCAAUGCUGCCACCAACGAUGUGCCCACAGUACAUUCAACGAAUUUAUUUUCAUUCGGCGAUGUUUGGAGUUUCCUCUUCUUCAGUAUCUUGCGAGUUCAAUCAAGUAGAUACCGGUUGGUCAUGGCUGUUGUAAUCUGCUGUCGGUUGGCUCCUUUCGAGCUGGCCUAAUAGAGUGCAGAUAAACUCGUAACGAAUAUUCAAGUGCGGGUGUUGGCUGCUUUCGUUCCUAAAUUCCUUGCUCAGUACGUCACGGACGCGUUUUGAGAGGAAAUUGCGCGACAUAGGUCUGGUUUAGGAACAAGGCGGGGAUGUCCAUGUAUGGCUGUGGCGCAAGGCCUGACUAGAUAUGUUUGGUUUGUUUCUAAAUAAUAAAGUUGAUUGACUGAAUGA